CUAAAGUAGACACGGCUCCAUCAGAGCUGCAGCCGUUUGUGGGCACAGACAGGCUCUACUAAUGUCCUGAGACACUACUGCGAUGAUUCACUGAUACAAACCAAGGAAACAGGAUCAGGAUGUGGACCCUUAUGUUCAUUUACAUCCUGGGACAGGCCAUCAGUCAGAUCUCUGCAGAAGACAACUCAACUCAGAUGUACUAUGUCAAACUGAAAAUAGACUUCAGUGCCAUCGACAACUUAACACAGCUACUGAAACCCUUUGUCAAUUCCACAACCCCGACAGUCAACAACCUCCAGAAUACAACAACCUGUAAGAAUGUCUCAGGCAGCAUGUUUCUGUGUACCUGUAAGGAGGACCACAGAUGGAGUGAUGAAGUCUGUGAAUCUCACCCAGACUGCUGUGACAAACAGAAUUGCACCUUCUCAAAACAGUCUGACACGUGCGUUUCAAAAAACACAGUGUCUGUCAGGGGGUCCAUAAUACUGAAAGAAGCUAAUUAUUCGGAUUGUCUGGCAAUAAAUACCUCCGAGAGCUAUCAGUCGUGUAAUGACGGUCUGCUAACAAAGAUGAAAACAGUGUACAGCACUAUAAAGGGAUUUGACAGUCUAACAAUCACCAAAUACAGGGUUGGAAGUGUUAUCGCAGACUUUGAAAUCACCUAUGCAUUAAAGGUCGAACCACAAGAUCUGAUUGAAAAAUCCCAAAAUAUGAGCAGUACACUUGAAUCUUCCUGUGCUCUGGAAACUACAGGUGUUGUCCAGUUAGACAUGCCUCACGAACCUGUGCCUUACAACGGGGAGCAGAACCUCAGAUGCUCAGUCCAGCAGACGCUGGAUGCUGCUGUAACCUGGCAGCUGAAAAGAAACAAUAGAGUAUUUGACAUACUGACUGGCACUGAGUCGAUAGUGACGACAGAAAGUCUGGGGAGCAGCAUCUCACUCAGACGCACAUCAGAGCUGUGGGCAGGAGAGUACACAUGUGUGUACAGUCAGGAGACAGAGUCAUGCACCUUAUCUCACAAAGCCAGCAGUGUACUGGACGUGUGCCUCAAGCCAAACAUUUACAUCAGCACAGAUCCAAGUUUCCCACAUUGCCGACCUGGCUCAGAAUUACUAAAUAUAAGAGUCAGAUGUGAGAUAGGGAAGAGCAGCGAAAAGUAUUCUGUGACAUGGAGCAGCUGUAGUGAUACAGCAAUAAAACCUGGUUCUACUAAGGAAGCAGAUGUUUACAUAGCUGAAACGGUAGUACGCUGCAGCCCAAUCGUGCCUCAGUUGACAUGCACUUUUAAGAACAGGUGCAAUCAAUCCACAAAUGCUUCAAUAGAUAUCCAAUUGAUACGUGAAAAUGAUAAAUUCUGUGAAGCUGAAGGUGACUGGCAAAAAACCAAAGCUGGAUCUACCGCAAAAUUAAGAUGCAAGAACAAAGCUGGACAAAGACGAAGGAAGUGCAACAAUGGCACUUCAGAGGCAUCAUGGGAACCUGAGGUUUCAGAGUGUGUGAACUCUGACUUGAAUGCUGUGCUGUUUCAAGCAAAUAUUGUCGACAUUGGACUCGACUCAAUCCAUAAAAAUGCUGCAGAGGUUUUCUCCUUCCUUGAGAAUGCCACAAACAACGCAGAGACCAUCGACACUUUCCCAAACUUAAAUACAUCAAUUAACGUGCUUUUCACUCUGAGUCACAAAAUCCUCAAACAGCAGGAUGACGUGGUGGAUGACUUAGUGGGCUCAUCCAGCAAUCUAUUGGAAAAGUCUCUUCACGAUUCAUGGAACACCAAAGCAGACGAAGGCAACACCUCACUGGCAGAGAGAUAUCUGAGUUCUGUUGAGCAGUUAAUUCACGUGACAAACAUAACACAGGGCUAUGAGAAAAAAAAUGUAGAGGUAGCCACAGACAACUGCACAAACAAGUCAUCAUGUAUCAACAAGGUGUUCAAUACCACUGUCAAACUCAAAGGUUCGAACUAUGGCAUUGUAAAAACAGCUGCGUUUAAAGAAUUACAAAAGUAUUUGCCUAAUAACCGUGAUGAUUACAUCCCUAACAGCUUUGUAGUAUCCACAACUACUGAGAGGGACCUAGCUGAUUCAGUUGAGGUUGAAAUCAAAUUUGAAUUGCUCCAGCCGAGACCUCGCAACGUUCUGAUGAUCUGUGUCGCGUGGGACAACCAAACCCGCGGCUGGUCGACACAUAAGUGUGAAUGGAAGUGGGAGACAGAUUCUGAAGGUGUCUGCGUCUGCGAGCAUUUGUCCUCGUUUGCCAUUCUGAUGGGGAAGGCUCCUUUGGAAGUUCGUUGGUCAACAGAGAUAACCUACGUUGGACUUUCUAUAUCAGUCUUUUCACUCACUAUUUGCCUUGUGAUAGAAAUGAUCGUCUGGAGUGCCAUGGUCAAGACAAGUACUUCAUAUUUUCGCCACACUGCACAAGUCAACAUUUGCCUGUGUUUGUUAGUUGCAGAUUGCUGCUUCUUAGCCUCUUCUAAGCCACAUGAUCUAUCUCUAAUCUGGUGCAAGACCUUGGUGGUACUGAAGCAUUUCUUCUACCUGGCCAUGUUCUUUUGGAUGUUGUGGCUGAGCAGCACGCUUCUUCACCAGACAGUUUUCCUCUUCCAUAAUAUGAGCAAGAAAACUUACCUGAGGUUGUCAAUUCUCAUGGGCUACAUGUGUCCUUUGAUAAUUGUUACUGCCACGUUUCUUGCAAACAAGGCAGGAGCUGAAGGCCAUUACUACUCCAAAGAUACUUGUUGGCUAGUUUACAAUGCACCUUUUCAAGGUUCAAUCCAUGCAUUUAUCAUACCAGUUGGUACCAUUGCUUUCUUCAACAUGAUCUCCAUGGUGGUGGUUAUUUUAAAGCUUUUGGAUCUCCCUAAAAAUGCAGCACCAGCUUGUGAUAAAGACAAAAGAGCUGCCGUAACUGUCAUGAGGACAGUUGUUCUUCUCACACCAAUCUUUGGUGUGACUUGGAUCUUUGGGUUCGCUGUGACGUUUCUUGACCUCAAAUUUGGAGCCAUAGCCUACUUUACUAAUUAUGUCUUCAUUCUGCUGAAUGCAUUCCAGGGUUUGUACAUCCUGUUGACCAUAUACCUGGGAGACACAAUGACCCGAGAGGAACUCCUGAGACGUCUAAAACUCAAAGCUCCAGCAUCAACCCCUGACAGCUGCACUGACUCAUCUGUGAAGAAGUGAAUCAGUCAAACAUGUCCUGAAAUAAAAACUCAUUUAUACAGUACACAUUAAAUCAUAGAUGUGUUUCAUCUUAAGUUAGUUUAAUCUUUUAAAGAAAGUAUUUUAGUAGAAAUGUGUGUUUCUGACGGAGAAUAUUUCACACCUUUCAAAUGAAACUAUACAAUAAUGAAAAGUGUGGUAAAAGUAAUACUGUUUAUGACACGUUUCAAAUAAUUAUCAAUGCAAUGUAACAGAAAUGCUGUAGAGUAAAAAGCUGAAGGCUUUGUUGUGUAGAGAAGCUAAGCCUGUGUCCGAGUGUUGCUUUGAGAGAUCCUGCUUUCUUCUUUUUCUUUGCCGUGUUCUCCCCACUCCUCAUCUGUGUCAUCCAGAAUAAUACCUUUUUGGGCGGCCAUCUUGCGGUAGGCCUGACACUCAGUUUCUGCUCUGCAACACACAAAAACAGGCAACAUUACUUGUGUGCCUGAUAUACAACAUUGCAGGGUUAUUAGAGUUUGUAUUUGACAGAAGAGCUUUGUGUUUUACUGAAAAUAUGUAAUUAUAACAUAAGUAUGAUAAUAAAGUAUGUAUGAAUGUAUUGGAUUGAAAAA